AUUAGAGAGUGAGGCAGUCCUGCCGCGGCCAGUUCGCUGCCCUCUCCGAACACAUGUCAUGUAUUAACCCAACUCGAUUGUUGGGGCCUUCAGCCAGAACAAUCGCUAUCCUACUUCUGUCAUUUCUCCCAAUAUCGUCCAUCGCGACAUCCGAAUGGAUCCAAUACCCCUCUAGUGGUUUCGCGACCAUGACGCAUUAUACACUUCCGGAAAACUUUAUCGCGGCCUGUGGGUGCACCGCGGCAAGUACGCAUUACCCCACCGCCGCGCUUAACCAGAUGGCUUUUGGGAGCAGCACGGCGUAUGGCCCAUCCUGUGGACGCUGCUUCGCCCUCACCCUCCUUAACACAUUCCUUUCGGAUCCACCGUUCCAUCCAGACACGGUCAAAACAGUUGUCGUCAAGGUCACAGACCUUUGUCCUUUGAGCACGACAGGCUGGUGUAACGCGACAGCUAGCGCCCCGAACUCUGCAGGUAAUUAUUUGAAUUUUGAUCUAGCGUACCCCUCGUCUUCCAUUCCAGACAAUUUCUUCCCGUCAAAUGAGUCCUACUAUGGCUAUACAGACUUUGGCGUUUGGAAUGUCAGCUACCAAAGCGUCUCUUGUAAGCCCAACUGGGCCGGGUCGAAAAGUGCUGCGGCAUUGGGCAGUGUCACAGAUUCUGGGGAUAGCGUCUGCUGCCCCGCCGACCCGACGGGCAAUGCCAACGAUACCUGUCCGUCGUUCUCGGAUAAGAACGGUAUACCACCAAAUACCCAGACGAGCGGCUCGAACCAUUCUGUACCUUUCAUCGGUUUUGCGAUGGCUUCGUGGGCACCCAUAUACCUUACUAUAUUCCCUUUCUUUGCGAUAUCUCGGUUAUUGUAG